GAAGCUCCAUUCAGCUACCUUGGCCGUUGAUAAACCUACCCUCCAAGGGGAUGAGGCCCUGCUGAGAUGUUCCACAAGGGGGGGGGGAGCGUAGCACACUUCUGGUCGCAUCUACCUGCCCCUGGUACUUUUGCUUUUCAUUUUUUUGGUUUUGAAAAGCAGCGUGCAGUUGGGCGAUGCUGGCAGGAAGCAGGCUCUGCCACAGGGUGCAUGUGGCCUCUGCUCAGAGGCAGCCACCCACCCUGGGAAAGUCAGCCGUGCGAUAGAGCUGCCUGCAGCCACCCAGAAAGCUGGGACCUGACCUUUUAUUCUAGAAGACGGGGAGGCCAAGCCGAACGAUCAAGGGAUUCCGAUUGCUGGGGAAGAUUUACAGAGAUGCUCUAUGCCUGGCUCUGUUCCUCCUACCUCCUGCACUGCUAAACAUCCUAUGCCAAGUGCAUCUCGCAGGGGAAUCCACUGAUGGCUCCACCCCUGGAGGAAGUGGGGGCUGGCGGCUUCUUCCCUUCGUUCCUUGUUGUCUCUCUGGUUGGCAUAACCGCCUCUCUCUUGGCCCUCUGCGCACUUUGCAGGAGGAAAGAGAAGAACAGGGCAAUUCCACAAGAUGGUGUGAUGCUGGAGGAAGCAGCGGAGCUCUUGACGGUCGUCAACUCGCACCAGCUGUACAGGGCAAAUUUCAAGGCAAAAACUCCUCCUCUAGAUCUGAGGUCAACCAGUGGCAACAUCCCUUACUCAUUGAGCGAAGACGAUGGGACGAUAUCCAGCUGCAGCUUCAUCAUCCUGCCUCAGAGGGGGCUGCCCCGGAUCCCCCCAGAGGACCCGCUGUCUCCAGAUCAGACUUACUCAAACCUGAGCUUCCCAAAUCGAGUUGAGGAUGUGCUGUACGAAUCCAUGACGGCGUCGGAAGAAGUGACGGAGGAACCGAGCCCUAUCACGAAGGAGGAGGAGGAGGAGGAGGAGGAUGCUAUGGGGCAAGAGGACCGAGCAACAGGAGCCGAGUACGCCUGUGUUCUGAAAGGGAAGAAGAUGAAGGCCCACCAGCACGCGAGGAUGGAGGCAGGGACCUCUGAAGCAUCGCAGCAGGGAUCUCUAGCAACGACAUUUCACACUUCUCAAGCAGUGCAGGUAGAAGAAAUGUAUUCAGUGGUGCGCAAGGAGAGGAAGAAGGAGAAGAAGAAAAUUGAGGGCUCUGAUGGGCACAGUGGAGAGAGACCAUCCCAAGGGGAGAAAAGCCUAGGAAAUGCCCUGGUGGCACCUGCCCAUCAGGAAUCAGAUGGCAGGGCAGGGCACCAGCCCUCAUUCUUCCAGCCUCCCGCUAUCGAACCCUGCUAUGAGUCUGUUGGCUGUGAAUCGUGGGUAGGCAAUGGCAGGAAGCCAAGCGCAGAGCCUGCUUAUGAGGCUGUAGAUACUUACUGGAAAAACUCAAGGAGGAAAAGAAAGCCAAAGAGGAACGCCCCAGCAGAAAACCUAUACGAAAGCAUCGAAAACUUGGCAUUUCAGUUUCAGAAUCAAAACAUGCUGGCCCAUUUUGAAAUCUGACUCUUUGGUUCGGUUUACCUAUUCAGGCGGAUGUAAAUGAAUUAAGUGGACAUGGUUACUAAAUGCCGUUGCAUGUCAGCCCUCGGAAACCAUCAAACGCUGACUGCAGUUGCAUGUUAACUGGCAGAUGCCCCCGAAACGCUGAUUUCUGCAUGCCAGACACUGAGAAAGGGCACCUCCAGACGACAUCUUUUAUUGACCACUUCUUGUAUCUGCUUGCACAAAGCUUACACGGAGGUUAGGCUAUUUGUUAAGCAUUUCUUCUCAUUUGUUUGCAGGGAGCUUAUAUGACAACUGGCAUCAAUUAAUCUGGUAGAAUGACAAAGACCAAUAAAAAAAAGCCUUAAAAUAUCGUGGUCGGGGGAGGAGAGGAAGGUGCCAGAGCAGAACCUCAGUGCUGGGGGACAUUUCAGAUGAUCACUUAGCACCACAAGGAACUUUACGAAGAGCAUCAACGUGUCUGGCUGCAACCCUGCACCUGCUUACUUGGGAGUAAGCUUUAAGAGCCUCACUGGAACUUCCCCUUCUGAUCUGAGUUGUCACGGAUUGAAAUGACCAGGAAUGAUGAGAGCUGCAGUCCAACACCCAGAGAGCUGCCAUUUCCCUACUUAUUGCUGCAAAGCAUUCACAGUUGUUUUUCAG